CUGUAAUGCCUUUGCCAGCAGUUGAAGAUCAAAUAAAUGCUGUCAGGCGUGAACGCGAUCGGUCUCCACCCUGGUGCGCAGGCGCACGUCUACAAUAGCUACAGCUAGGCGCUAACCUAAUCCCUAACCCUAGAAAAGGCUGACCUAAUCCCCAAUCAAACCAGCACGCGAGCACGCUGCAUGCGGCGCCGCCGCACAUCACCUUCCGGCGAGCGAACACGCGCCACCGCGGUGCCGUCGUCUGGUGCCCUACGCUCCUCCUCCGACGCCGCCGAAGUCCUCCACGGCAAGUCGGCAACACCGUGCCCCUCUCUGUCGUCGCCGACUCCCUCGGUCGACACCCUGCUCUGUUGUACGGUUCACUGGCUGGCUCUUGAGCUGACUUCAACAAGAAGACUAGCUUGCAUUCCCUACUUCCACCUUGAUGAGCAAACCGAAGACGAUAUCAUUUGGAAGCACGCGAACGAUGGGAUAUACACGGCGAGCACCGCCUACAAAGCUCAAUUUCUCGGCCUGACCCUGUCCCCCAUGGACCGCAUGGUCUGGAAGGCUUGGGCACCUCCAAAGGUUAAUUUCUUUGCUUGGUUGGCUCUUCAAGAUAGGAUUUGGACCGCCGAUCUCUUGGAGAAGAGUGGUUGGCCAAACUGUGGCCCUUGCCCACUUUGUAAAAGGGAACAAGAAACGGGGAUAUACCUCUUCGUCAAGUGUCGCUACACGCUUAGACUCUAGAGAUCAAUCAUUGAGAAGCUUGGGCUCGCGCA